UCAAAGGUGACAUCGUCCCUAGCCCGAAAAGGACAGGCGAAGAGGAAAACAAUACAGACACUUUUAACACAACGGAACAUCAUGUAGAGAGAAGACAACAGCUGAUACCAGUGGUUUAUUCGUCAAAUAACGAUGUCAUCUUGCAAACCUGUGGAUAUCAGGAAGCAGGCGUUAAAAAAAGGAACUCAGUGGUUGCGUUUUAGCGGUUGGAGAAGCGAGACAGAAGUUAUUAUUAGUUAUAGUUUAUUUGAAUAGUUUAUGCCUCUGGACUGGACCUGCAUCGAGUCUCAUAACUUAAAAGUGCAACAGGUUGGAAGAUGGUGUCUUGGAUUAUAUCUAGGGUCAUCGUUCUUUUGUUUGGAACGCUGUAUCCUGCAUACUACUCCUUUAAAGCCGUCAAAUCCAAGAAUGUCAAAGAAUAUGUUCGAUGGAUGAUGUACUGGAUUGUGUUUGCUCUUUACACAGUGGUGGAGACCAUCACAGAUCUUUCUUUGGCUUGGUUUCCAGUUUAUUAUGAACUGAAAAUGGCUUUCGUCUUUUGGUUGCUGUCUCCCUACACCAGAGGAGCCAGUGUCCUCUACAGGAAGUUCCUACACCCUGUGCUGGCAUCCAAGGAGAGGGACAUUGAUGAAUAUAUCGUUCAGGCCAGAGAGAAGAGUUACGAGACCAUGGUGAAUUUCGGGCGUCAGGGUCUCACGAUCGCGGCUGCUGCUGCUGUCUCCGCUGCUGUGAAGGGUCAAGGUGCCAUCAGUGAUCGUCUGAGGAGUUUCAGUAUUCCAGACUUGACGCAGUUACCCUCUGAACAAUCAGCGUUCUCAAACCCCAGCCGACGGGCCCUCCAGCCUGCUUCUGAGCCAUAUAAACAAGCAGGGGAGGGGCAUGAGGAGGAAACAGAUGGAGUAUUCUCUGAAGACGAGGCGUCAGUGCAGAAGGGUCUGCGCAGAUCUCAGAGUGUGAAACUCAGCCGUGCCAAAGCAGCACGCAAAGAGCCUCGCUAUGGCUCUCUGAAGCUGAAACCCAGAAGGCGGCAGUUGAUUACAUCAUCUACUUUUGACCAUCCUUGAUUGUCCAAUACAAACCCACAUGGGAUCAGCAUCAAAACUGCGGUCUAAUCCUCAGUUUAAAACUGUUUAAUCCUAAACUUCGGAUUAAUGCUAAUGCUCUUUCAAAGCAGCACUGAACACAAAACUACAAACAGACUUACAGCAUGAACAAUGACUUUUACAUUUAUUAAUUUAGUAGAUGCUUUUUCCAAAGUGAUUUACAGAUGAAAAAUACUACAAUACACGUGACAGUGAUGCAGAAUGAUGAAUAAAGGAUAUUGCAUGCAGCAUUAUUUGUUCAGAAAAAAAAAAAAUACCAAAGCCUAAUAUGAGUACAGGAAGACUAAGAAUGUACUAAAAAUGUCAUUUAAAAGUGGAUCUGAGCGCAUCUGAUCUGUAACUUGAUCUGAACCUGCCUUUGUAGAAACAUCUCUUAUUACAUAUAGCAUGGACACAUUAGCACAGAUGCUACAGAGUCAAAAGUCAAAGCUUUCUGUAGUGUGUGCCCUUCAGCCUGUUUUCACAGUAAUGAAAUGGAGCGGGGGAAAAAACUGAUAAAAAAAGUGCAUGUUAGCGGGGUUUUGUGUAUGCAUAGGUGCUUCAGCUUGUUAAUGUUUACAAUUCCAUAGUUUGCACAGAAUUAAAGUUCUUUCAUCAUUUAUUCACCCAUAUGUCAUUCCAAACCCACAUUCUUUUUUUUUCUUUUUUUUAAUGGAAUGCGAAAAGCAUAUUUUUGAAGAAUAUCCUGUACGCACUUUUCCAUAUAAUUUAAAGUGAAUGGGGAUUUGGCCUGUCAAGCAAGCUCCAAAAUGACAGUUAAAGAACAUAAAAGUAUCAUAAAAGUGGUUUAUUUGACUGCAUACAUCAAAAAACAUUGAAGCAUUUAAAAAAAAAAAAAAACAUUUUUCUCAAGUUCAGUAUUAUUGCAUUUUGUCUUUGCUUUGUGAAGUUAACAGUUAUUUACUCAUAAUCUUCUCUGAAAUUCUAAAAUGGACUACUGAAAGUUUGGAAAUUGCAUGUUAACACCAAACACCAUUGGUUCAUUUUGGAACUAUCAUGUAAGGCAGUGGUUCUCAAAGUGUGGGGCGCGCCCUCCAGGGGGGUGCACGAGUACUGCAGGGGGGGCGCGGAAAUCAGCGCGACCAAAAAAAGUUUGAGAACCACUGAUGUAAGGGAAGAUUUACAGUAAAAUGUAAUGUUCCGAAGAAUUCAUACAGGUUUGGAAUGACAUGAAGAGUAAAUGAUUUUUUUUCCCCUACAUUUUUGAGUAAACUAUGCCUUUAACUUUUAAAUCUGUCAUGAAAGUUGUUUUUAAGUAACAGUAUUUUUAAAAGUGGUUUCAAAAUACAUUUCUUAAGUUUGAAUGUCUUGGGAUUGUAUUUUUAAAAACAUUUUGUGCAAUCCAUUUUAGAGUGUUGUAUAUGUUCAUUUUAAUCAUGUUUGUUUGUGUACUUAGUCUGUCAUUCUAACGUGUUUCAGCCUUCUCUAAUUUAAAUAACAGCAUGCACUAAUUAGCAUAUCAUUUGACCAAAACACUCCAGCUUUAUCUUUGCAAAGCAUGAUAGGAGAGUGAAUCUGACUAGUUGACAGAAGACUGUUUGUACUGUACUUGUGUAAACAAUGGGAUGAUUUUUCCUUUU